CCACGGCGGCAAGAUCGAACAGGCGCGGCACAGCAGCAGCAACCCAGCAUUCCAGCAGCGUCAGAAGGAAGGAAGCAGUAGAUAUAUAGCUGCUGCGUUGCAAUCGAUCGAUCGAGGAGACGAGGAAGGAAGAGACAUAGUGCGCGCGGGGAUGGGCAUCUGCGUGUCGUGCGACGUGGCGGAGGAAGGGGCGGCGACGGCGAGGGUGGUGAUGCCUGGCGGCGAGCUGAGGGAGUACUCGCAGCCUGCCACGGCGGCGAUGACGCUGGAGGAGGCUGGUGAGGGGUGGUUCCUGUGUGACGCGGAUGGGGUGGGGUUCGAGGGGCGUGUCGUGGCCGUGGCCGGCGACGAGGAGCUCCGCCCGGGGCAGAUCUACUUCGUGCUCCCCGCCGAGGCGCGGCGCCGCAGCCUCACCCGCGAGGAGGUGGCCGCGCUGGCGGUGAAGGCCAGCGCCGCCCUCGUCAAGGCCGCGACGUCGGCAGCGCCCUCCGCCGGUGGUGGGCGUCGCCGGCGUGGCGCUGUGGCGCCGCUUGUGUUCCCGCUCCCCGAGGAGGAGGAGGAGGACGUCACGGCGGGGAAGGCGGCCGAGCUCAAGCCGGCGGUGGUGCGGAAGCGGCGGGUGGCGUGCCGAGGCGGAAGGGCGACCAAGUUCUCUCCCGACCUGACCGCCAUUCCAGAGGCCGAGUAGAGUGCUCCAGCUCGGCCGCCAUGGCCACACCAACCUCCAAACAGCAAGAAGCAUCAGUGCACUGUCUCACUGGCAGUGGGUCCCACGCCAUGGAAGACGGGUGGGCCCGGCUGCCGGAGCUUGAUCGGACGGCUGAGGAAUCACUGAUGGGGAGUGACUUGAGCUUGAGCUCAUGUUGUGAUAUGUAGCAACCGUAGCCAGCCUGCGUCCGUUCUUGGUGCGGUUAAUUUAGGCGCCAAAAACAUGAGAAGAAUAUGUAGGUAGAUUUAAAUGUAAAUAUUAACGAUACUACCACUAUUACUACUAUAGAUUAUAUGCUGCCAACUGCCAAGUCACCGCCUAAACUCAUAAUGUUUCUGCUACCAUUUGGGGUUGCCUUUUGAACCCUCAAACUGAAAUUGGUGAAUGUCAUGUGGAUCAAAAGUUCAGAACACAGGAGCUAUAAGUAUCAAAUUUUCACUAUUUCCACCAUGCCAUUUCCUCUUAAAU